AUGGAAGUGAAGGAAUAUCCACAUCCCAAGCACAAAAACUUUGUCUUGUACGACCUCCCCGGUGUGGGAACGCAGCAGUUUCCCCGCGAGUCCUACGUAGAGAAAGUUAACUUCAACGAGUACGACUUCUACAUGAUACUGUCUGCCACUCGUUUUACGGAAAACGAUGCGUGGCUCGGUCAGAAAGUAAAGGAGCAAGGGAAGAAGUUCUUCUUUGUGAGAACAAAAAUCGAUACCGAUAUGUAUAACGAAAAGAAGGAUUCUGGGGUAAACUUCAACGAAGAAAGAAGCCUGCGAAAGAUAAGAGAAGAUGCGGAACGCAAUCUUCGAGGUUUGAACGCAAAAGUUUAUCUGAUAUCAACUGAACUUCGAAAAAUAAACCUGUUUGAUUUUGAUCGAUUAAUGCAAGAUGUGAUCGAGGGAACUCCGCAAGUGAAGAAGGAAUCCUUGGUUUUCAUUUUACCAUCGCUUACCGAAAAUGUCAUCUUGGAGAAAGAGAAAGCUCUGUCUAACAGAGCCUUAAAAAUGGCUAUUGCGGCAGGUAUUGCUGGGCUUACACCAUUGCCAGGUGUGAGCGAGUUAGUCGACAUAGCAAUCCUUUCCCAUGAAGCGGAGUUUUACCGGAAGCAGUUCAAUCUUGAUGAGAAAUCGAUAAAGGAAUAUGAGACGGAAUUUGCAAUAAACAUUGAUACCCUAGGCUUGAUUACGCGUCCGAUUGUCUUUUCAAUAAUUGAUUUAUUGAAAUUAUGUGCCGUUGCAGUUGCUGGAAAGGGUGGUAAAAUCGCUCUUACGAUGGUCGUUGGGCUUGAUACAAUUAUUGCUGGAAUAACUGCCUUUCAAAAUACACUUGCAUUGCUUCAGGAUCUUUUAAAGAAAUUGAAAGAGGAUGCCCUAAAAAUCAACUAUGUAAUAGCAAAACGGUUGGCUGAAUCGAUUCCAACAACGACACACACGCGUAGUCAUAAAAUAAAAGGACGCCUUUAG